AUCCGUAAAAUCCAGGUAUUGCAGAUUACAUGUAUCAGUAUUAGUUUUUAUAUUCAUUUACCAGUAAAUCCACUUGACAACUGAAUAAAUGGACUAGUAUAAUAAAACAAAUUAGAGCGAUGGAUGAAAUACUAAUGGUGGGACAUGAGAGCAGAGUUCUGUAUAUAGAAGUGUGAGAGAAAAAACAAAAGUUCUUCGAACAGAAGGGUGUCUGCAGUCACUGUAACUAGUGUCUGGAGUUUGGAAAAAAAGAUAAUUAACGUGAACAAAUAUAAAAAUCAAAGAUGAGCUCUAAAGUAUUAUUGUUUACACUGACUUUAGCCGCUAUUGUUUUUGCUACUCUAGCGGCUCUUGAAGGCCCAAAUGUCUGCGUUCGACAAGAAGUAUAUACCGUAACAGUAAAUGUAUCAGAACAAAAACCGUAUCAAGUUCGUGAAAAUAAAUGGUGUUUCGCCGUACCACCAAGAUGUUCGAGUUACCGUAUGGAAUUUAAAACUGUUUACAAAACAGAGCUAAUCAAUAGAACACGACCAGUGGAUGAGUGCUGCAAAGGUUACGGACAAACUAAGAGUGGUGAUCGAUGUGUUCCUAUUUGCAGUCAAGAGUGCGUUCAUGGUACUUGUAUCAUGCCUGAUGUGUGUAAUUGUGAAAAAGGAUACGGUGGACCUUUUUGUGAUAUUCAAUGUCCAGUUGGUAAAUGGGGUAAACAUUGUAGCAAAGACUGUAAGUGCAUGAACGGCGCAACGUGUGAUCCAUUUAACGGCGAAUGCAAGUGUACAAAAGGGUGGAUGGGUGAUAAAUGUAACCAAAAGUGUCCUCCAGAUCAUUACGGCCAGGAUUGUGGUGAAGAAUGUCGGUGUCGAAAUGGCGGUAGUUGUCAUCAUAUUUCUGGAGAGUGUCAUUGUGCUCCUGGCUACACUGGACCACUUUGCGAUGAUCUGUGCCCCGAAGGUCGACAUGGUGACGAUUGUAAGACCGAGUGCAAGUGUCAAAAUGGCGGACACUGUUCGCCGACAGACGGUAACUGUUACUGCACUUCUGGAUGGAUAGGCGAAGUUUGUGGAAAUAGAUGCCCAGAUGGUUUUUGGGGUCAAAAUUGUACUCAAGAGUGUAUUUGCUACAAUGGUGCGGCGUGUUAUCACGUAACGGGUGAAUGUAUAUGUAAACCAGGUUACCGUGGUCAUGAGUGUUUUGAAGUUUGUCCUCAUGACAAAUGGGGUUUGGACUGUAAAAAUAAUUGUACUUGCCAAAAUGGGGCCGCGUGUUUACCGAACAAUGGCACGUGUGUCUGUAAACCUGGGUGGAUUGGCGAACAAUGUGAAAAGCGAGCUUGUCCUGACGGCAGAUACGGACCCAAUUGUCAGAAGAUUUGCGAGUGCGAUGAGUCAAACACGGAACUCUGUCAUCCAUGGACCGGCAAUUGCGUUUGCAAAAACGGGUGGGAUGGACCCAAAUGUUUGAGAUCAUGCCCGUUUUUGUACUACGGAAAAGGAUGCGAAGAACGCUGCAAUUGUAAAAAUAACGCUCAGUGUUCGCCGAUAGAUGGAACUUGCAUUUGUGCGGCUGGUUUUCAUGGAACUGAUUGCAGUGAAGUUUGUCCCGAUAAUAUGUAUGGCGAAGAUUGCACUCAAAAGUGUACAUGUAAACAUGGCGCUUCUUGUGCACCGGAUACCGGUCGUUGCAAUUGUACAGCAGGAUGGGAUGGUGUGCUGUGUGAUCGACCUUGUCCAGACGGUUCAUUCGGUAAAGAUUGUGAAGAUAAAUGUCAAUGUUUCAAUAAUGCAGCAUGUGAUCCGCAGAAUGGAACUUGCACAUGCGGAGCUGGGUAUAUUGGCCACCACUGUGAGCAUAAAUGUUCUCCAGGUCUAUUCGGUCAGGACUGUUGCCAUCUAUGUGAUUGUGAGGAAGACAAUACUCAAGAAUGUAAUCCUACUACUGGAGAAUGUAGUUGUAAGCCGUUGUGGCGAGGAGUAAGAUGUGAAACACGAUGUCCAAUUGGUUUUUACGGUGAAGACUGUCAAACACCGUGUAAAUGUAAGAACAAUGGUUCUUGUGACCCGAUAACUGGGGUUUGCGCCUGCGCUCGUGGAUGGGAAGGUUCCGAUUGUUCCCAGCCUUGUAAACACGGAUGGUAUGGCGCCCGUUGCAAAGAAAAAUGCCCGGAAAAAAUUCACGGAAACAUGACCUGCGAUCACGUGACUGGGCAGUAUGUAUGCAGACCCGGUUAUUUGGGGUUGACCUGCGAGCAUUCGUGUCCACCUGAUCGGUGGGGUCUUAACUGUAUGAAUCAUUGCGACUGCAAAAAUGACGGCGAGUGCAAUCACGUGACCGGAGCAUGUCAGUGUCGUCCAGGGUGGCAAGGUGAACGCUGUCAAACUCCCUGCGCUCAAGGAACUUUUGGGGUUAACUGUACUCAGCAUUGUAGAUGUCAAAAUGGCGGCAAGUGCCGCGCAAAUGAUGGAGUCUGUAGAUGUACUCCUGGGUGGACUGGGGCUCGGUGCACUGACAUCUGUCCAGAAGGUUACUACGGUGACCACUGCAUGGAGCCAUGUGAGUGCAAAAACGACAAUUUCCAAUGUCAUCCGGCGAGUGGCUGCAUCUGUCGUCAUGGCUACACUGGGGCCAACUGUGAAGAAGAGCGAAUCUCUCGCAACGUCCAAGAAAAGACUGAAUCCAAUGUAGGAAGUGUCGUAGCAGGAAUAUUCGCAGCAGUGAUUGUAAUAGCAGCGACUUUGGCUGCCUGGAUGUAUCACCGACGUCGUGUGGCUAACCUCAAAAUGGAGAUGGUCCAGGUGCAGUACAUCGCCGAACCGGUAACUCCUCCAGACCGUAAUCAUUUUGACAAUCCUGUUUACUCGUGUCAACCAAAUUCCACUCGCACUGACGACGCGACAAUGUUACUGAACAACGGCGUGAUACGGAACAACUUGGGCACCAAGAGCACCAACAGCGAGAAGGCGAAACUGGGCUUAGGGCUACCUGGGAAUGGUGUUUGCUAUACAGAUGAUGAUGACAGUGACAGCUGUAGAGGCGCUUACGGACAGUAUGACCAUCAAGCUUCGUUGAAAAAUAAAGACGCUGACUUGGGCAAUCCUAAUGUCAAUGUUUAUCACAGUAUUGAUGAAAUGGACAACAAAAAAGGUGCAGAACAUCUCUACGAUGAAAUAAAACAGAACAACGCUGAGUUGGAGUACGAUCACUUGGACUACACAAGGCCAUUAGGUGCGUGGAAGCCUCACUACCAGCGUAUGGCCAAUGGCUUCGGUUCCAACAGGGAUGGAAGUGGUUCCAGCAAAAGCGGCUCCACGAAUCCUCAAGAUCCAGAGUUUGGAGGCUAAUGAAUCUCUUUUUACAAAAUUAACCCUUGAUAGCAUAGGUCAUUACUUGCGGAAUUAGCCGAAGUAUGUCGAAAUCGCUCGAACGGCCGAUUUUUGGGUACCAACUUUACUUGGCUGAUAAGAAAUCUCUCACAGUGAUAGAGAAACAUUUUUCUUCUUUUAUCGCGAAAGAAUUAAAAAUUUUUAUUCUCGAAUAUCUCAAUAACUAAAAAAUUAUGUACAGGUAAAAAAAUUUCAAAGUAGUUAUUUAAUUUGAAAAUUUAGCGAAAAAGAAGUUCUUUAAUGAGUGUGAGAGAAUUUUUUACACGAAUGCUCUUAAGGGUUAACUUGGUUAAUCAGUGUUGAAAUGGACAAUUGCUUUUAUUUGCGCGGUUGGUUGUGCAAUUAAGACUUGUAAAUAUUUUAUAAGAUUUAUUGACGCAUGAUAUAUAGCAAUUAAUAUAUAAAUUUGAUUAUAAUUAUAAAUAAUAUUUAAUUAUAUGUCUAUUAAUAUUCGUAUAUUUAAUCACUGCCUAGGUUAGUCUAGGUUAUGUUGGUCUGCACAUAUGUGUGUUACUACGUGAAGAAAAAAUAAUCGAUUUUUUUUUUACAUUCAAUUAUAUUGUAUGAUUAUAUAUUUUAAUCAAUUCGACGGCACAUCUUUGAAUUUAGACUUUUCAGAGUCAAUUUUUCGAAAAGAGGAAAUUCAAUUUUGAUCAACUUUUUUAGCAAUUUUUAAAUUUUAUUUACGAAAAUUAAUGAUGAUACAUGUCAAUGAUUUCUUUUUCUUUUUUUUGAUUAGAACUAAAUAAUUAUGUCAAGAUAUUUAAUGGUUGAAAAUUAACUUCUUUUUUUUUUUUUUUUUUUUUUAAAUAAAUGAUCUGGUAUAAAAAAUGAUAAUUUAUAUUUUUAGGGGUUUGAUACAUUUAUGAAUUUAAUCAUAUCUUUUAUUGUGUAAUUAUAACUGUAAAUUUAUUGAAAGCGAUUUUUUUUUUUUUUAUUAUUAAUGACUUUUUUUACUGAUUGUGAAUUAUAUAGAUAUAUUAUUUUUAUUCUGUGAUAAGUCGAUAAGGAUCGGAGUUAGUGCGAAUCAUAUUAGACAUUUAGUGACCACAAACAAAAGCAAUUGAUGAAUUUAAAGAGAAAUAUAAAGAAUAAAUAAAGUUAAUAAUAUUUGAAUAAUA